UGUCGGCCAUCACCCCUUCGAACGCGUCCAUUAUCCCGGAAUAUAUUCUUCAACACACAAGACAUCUUGCUAGUGAUCCAGAUGUCAUGGUUCGAUGUGUGUAUGCACAGUGUCUUGUUCCUUUGACAGAGAUUGGUGCCCUAUUUCUGGAAAUGUCGCAUGCCCUUAAAGCCCAUGGUACUAGAAGAACAGGCACAGAUUGGGAAGCUCAAGAGGAGUCCUAUGAUUCUGCUCUUGCUGAGCUCCAAUCACUUAUUCAAGAACAACUCGUCACUCUCCUAGUGGACAAAUCAUCUGUUGUCAAGCGAACAGUUUUGAACAACACAUCCAAUACUGAAGAAACAGUGGUGGCAAAGGUCCUACAAGCUCUUACUGAGCUUUCUGGCUUUGGAUUGUUCCAAAAGAUGAGAAUAUGGGAAUUAAUGAGUGCGGUCUUUGGAUUCCUGUACCAUCCAAAUGUUUGGAUACGACAAGCUGCUCGCCAAUUACCAAAAACGGACGUUUGGUGUAUCCUAUAUCCAUCAUUGAAAUAUUUCCUCAAAUCAGAAGUGAAGGAUCUUGAUGAAGAGACGCUCCUAACAUGCGUCAAACCUCCG